UAACACAGCAGCAGUGUCUCCAAAAUAAACGAUGGAUCUCCAAGAGGAAGGAGGUUCAAGAAUCAGGAGAUCAUAUGGUAAGAAUACAGACCAAGAGACUUCAGAGAACCAGCCAAUAAGAUGACGCCAUGAGAGCAAAUUAAAAAAAAUAUGGAUACAAUGUGACCAAAUAUACAAAAAAUCGAGUAGCAAAUUGAACACUGGCUCACAUCUUGAAGCCCAAAUCACUAUUACUAUAUAAAAUAUCAAAGCCCCACCACAGUCCCGAGUCGCCUCCUUGAUCAUAUAUCUCCCUCUACCUCUCACACACUGAACUGUUUCUCACUCUCAUACACAUAUACAUACAAGGAAGUAUCAUAUCAUAUUACUUGCUAUUACUAGCUAGUCGCUACUAGUUUCCAAGGUUUAGAUGGCUGAGAAGUGGAAGCUAUCGAAGAAAGAAGGUUCAUCUUCUUUCACAAGAAGUUUCUCAACAAAGAGUUCAUCUUCCAAGGCUCCUCUCUUGAGGAGCUCAUCCCUUAAAAUCUCUUCUCCAAAGUGUCCUCUUCCAAGGAGUUGCUCUCAAAAAAGCUCUUCCAUUUCACGUAAAUGUAGUAGCUUAGCCAAGGAACAGAAGGCAAGGUUUUAUAUCAUGAGGCGCUGUGUUGCCAUGCUUGUUUGUUGGCACAAACACGGUGAUUCUUGAAGGAACGUGCAAAGAGAUCGAGAUUGAAAUGGCAUCAGAUCAAGCAAUAACAUGGAAAAGGACCACUUUAUGAUCAGAAUGUCAUUGAUACAAAAUAUUCCACCACAAGGUUAUUUACAUGUCACCUGCGAUAAGAGCAGCGUCGGAAGUUGAAAUGAAGCCGCAAAAUCCCUCUAUCAAACGCGCUCUUGAAUCCCUUUUUAUGUCCCGUGUCCCAAUCUCUGUCCACAAUUCGGAAUGCCAUGUCCUCAGAAGGUGGCCCUGCAUGAAACCUUAGAAUGCGGGUCUCACCAUUGAUCCCAUCAUCCUCACAUGUAUAAGUUGGAGUUUCUGUCCUGUUAAUCAGGUCUGGUGAAAGAUAGCAAACUUGUAUCUUCGCACAAUCUUUGGAGGUGGAUUGUCGUGAUCAUAGUGAGUCCUCUUAUAUUUGUUCCAUUCAUAUCCAGUGUGAAUAGCAUCGAAAUACUCGGGCUUUCUCGGUCGGUACUUGUCGUCGUGCCACCAUUCUACAUGUGAAUCCUGGUUCACUUCUGCUGGCGUGGGCCUAGGAGUUCGUUUUAUUUAGUUUCCUUUUUCUGUAAUUAAUGUUAAUAAGUCAACAUUUAUGUAAGAUUAAGAAUUUUUUUUAUGGAGGUGUCAAAACUUAAAUUUUACUAGUUUUGAAUCUAAAAUUUAAAAUUAUUAAAGAA